AUGACUUCCCACCACAUGAAUAGUUUCACAACCCUCAUCAAGCGGCUCGAGGCUGCUACCUCGCGUCUCGAGGACAUGGCAGCUUCUCUUGAGGCCUCGAAUCCGGAUAGUCCUGCCGCUGAUGGGAUUGCAGCAAGUGCUGUUUCGGCGUCCCCAAAAGCCACAUCAAGUCCAGUGCCUCCGGCCCCUUCCGUCGUGGAACCGCCACCUCGUCAGAUCGAGGAUUUCGAUGCCCUGAUCAACAAGGAGGUGACCAACUUCGUCGAACUUAGUAAAAGGCUUGGGGAACCAGCUGUGGAACAGUCUAAAGCGAUUCUUCGGGCUUUCGAGGCGGAAAGGACCUACCUCUACAUCGCCUUGAAGGCCAAGAAACCGGACCAGCAAUCACCAGACCUUUUGGGCGACCUGCGCAAAGCCUCAGAUGAAAUUAAUAACAUCCGGGAAGCGAACAGGCCAUCUCCUCUAUUCAACCACUUGAGCGCCGUGGCUGAAGGGGUGGUUUCUUUGGGGUGGUUCUUUGAACCCAGGCCCGCAGAGUUUGUUCGGGAAUCUAUUGCUGGUGCCCAAUUCUACGGAGACAGAGUGCUGAGGGAAUAUAAGGGAAAGGACGAUCUUCAUGUCGCAUUUAUUCAAUCAUAUUAUCAAAUUUUUAAAUCUCUUGUCACCUAUAUUAAGGAACAUUAUCCGAAUGGCUUGACAUGGAACAACCGGGAUGGAGUCGACGUAACGGAGGCUUUGAAACAGGUUCAGUCCGGUUCGCCGACGGGCUCUACAUUACCACCGCCUCCUCCCCCUCCCCCCCCUCCUACUGCUGGCGCAGGUGGCCCCCCUCCCCCGCCUCCACCCCCAGCUGGUGGAGCAGCUCCGCCGAAGGCAGUAUCGACUGGUGAUAUGUCAUCUGUUUUCGAGCAAUUGAACAAAGGGUCUGCGAUCACCUCAGGCCUCCGAAAAGUCGACAAGUCGGAAAUGACACAUAAGAAUCCUAGCCUUCGGGCUGGUUCGCUUGUCCCUGACCGCAGCGAUUCAAGGACCGGUGCGACAUCCCCCACUGCCCGUGGAAAAUCACCAGUUCCAAGCAAGAAACCAAAACCCGAAAGCAUGCGUUCUAAAAAACCUUCACGCAAGCAGCUUGAUGGUAAUAAAUGGUACAUUGAACAUUACGAUAGCAUUACCGACAUCAUCGAGGUACCCGCUCAACUCUCGCACUCGAUCUUAAUAUCCCAUUGCAAUAAAGCGAUUGUCAAGAUUAACGGUAAAGCCAACGCUAUAUCUAUUGACAAUUGUACGGGCCUCUCCGUCAUCGUUGACUCUCUUGUGAGCAGCGUUGAUGUCAUUAAAUCCCCUACAUUUGCCCUGCAGAUUGAUGGCGUUGUCCCGACUAUCUUGCUUGAUCAGGUCGAUGGAGCAAGUCUGUACCUGAGCCAGGCGAGCUUGAAUACUGAGAUUUUCAGCAGUAAAUGCUCCAACGUGAAUAUCGUCGUGCCGCCUAAGGAAGGAACGGAUGACGACUCUAAGGAGUUGCCCAUUCCUGGGCAGAUCCGAACCGUUGUCAGGAAUGGGGCUGCCAUCAGCGAAAUUGUCGAGCAUGCGGGAUAA